GAAUAGCUUAAUCAAAUGGUGUUAGUGAUAAGUUCGUUCAUAAGUCACGCGACUAUUCUAAGAAAUCUUGUUUUCAAACACCUUCGGAUGACGAUUACAUUAGGAUUAUCUUGUUACAGGGCUACGAUAGAAUUGGGAGAUGUAACGCCCCACAACCUGCAACAACUGAAACGUUUGAACCAAGUUGUAUUUCCUGUUUCCUACAAUGAUAAGUUCUACAAAGACAUCCUAGAAGCUGGAGAACUAGCUAAAUUAGCAUACUAUAACGACAUUGUGGUGGGAGCUGUAUGCUGUAGGAUUGAUGUUCUAGAUGGCUCAAGGAGAUUAUACAUUAUGACGCUAGGGUGCCUAGCCCCAUACAGGAAGAGGGGAAUUGGUGCAAAAAUGUUGGAACAUGUUUUAAAUUAUGUGGAAAAGGAUGGAGAUUUCCAUAGCAUUUUCCUCCAUGUGCAAGUGAACAACCAAAGCGCGAUCGAUUUCUAUAAGAAAUUUGGCUUUGAAAUUGUAGAAACAAAAGAACAGUACUAUAAAAGAAUCGAGCCAGCUGACGCGCAUGUCCUCAUGAAACUUUUAAGGCCGCAAAAUAAUCUGAGUGAAUCAGAAAAAUGAAUCUGAUGAGGUCAAGUGGAGCUUAACUCCCAUAGUUCAUUAAUCGUCUUGGUAUUUAAGUUAGCUUGACUUUGAUAAACCUUACAGUCACGAUA